AUGGUGUUUUCGCCGGCUUUGCGCAGUCCAGGGAAGUCACAGCACCAAGCCCUGCAAAGUCUGCACACCCCGGAGAAAGAGAAUUUCGCCGGCUCUUGGAACCCGGCGGACCCGGCGAACCUGGCGAAUUCGACGAACCCCGAUCUUGGCAGAUUUCAACGGAAAUGUGCCGAGAUCAGAGGGUGCCUGUACGAGCAGUCUCUGGGCGACCGUGUGAGGGCAGAAACCGCCCGAAGCCAGCGAAACCUUGGUGCCUUUGCUGCCUCGGGUGGCGGUGAUGCCCCGUUGCCCUCCACAAGCACGCAGACGUGGAGCCCCACCUUUGUGCCCGGGGAGCGAUCGCCUUUGCAGGACUGCGCCGUGCAGUCCCCGCAGCCUUUGCAGCCUUUGCAGCCUUUGCCCACGUCACCUGAAAGACCGGGGCCACCGAGCCCAGCAGGCCGCUCACCGGGCCGCUCACCGGGCCGCUCACCAGACUACGGCGACUAUGGCAGCCCCAAAGCAGCGGCGCCGCCUGCGCCGCCUGCGGUGCUCGCAGCCCUUGCGCAGCCUGCACAGCCCAAGCGCUGGUGCCUGCCGGAGUUCGAGGACCUGCGCCGGAAGAUGCAGCACAGCAUCUCCGCGCUGCAGAAGAGCAACGCGCAGCAGGCCGAGAUGCAGGCGGCAUUGUCCCAGGCUUUGCAGCGUGGCGAGAGUUUGAAGGAGGAGGCCCAGGAAGCCAGACGGUCCAAGGACCGGCACCACCACAAGUGGUGCGCGCUGGACCAGGAGCGGGAGGCCCUGCAGCGGGCCGCCUCGGCGGCGCAGGCGGCGGAGCGCGGGGCCCGCGGCGCGGAGCGCGCCGCGCUGGAGGAGGCUGCGGCCCGGCGCCCAGCUUGGCGUCGCUGGCUAGCCAGCUUCUUGGACGUGCUCCUCCGGCGUGGGACGCAAAGCCACCUCCACGCUGACGUCAGUGCCUCACAAUCCUUCGAGGAGCGACAGCCCAAGCUCCACAGCACACUGCAGCAGCUUUCCCAGUCAGAGAGGCCAUCCCUUGAGCCCGGGCUCCUCGCCGAAAUGUCAGAGCUGUACGCCUGGCUUGCGAGUGUGAUGGGCGACAACAGGCUGUCCGUAACGUGGAAUGAUGGCCAGGAGGUGCACCAGCAAGCGCAUGACGACCGCGUCGCACAGUUGGAAAGAAAGCUCGCGCAGAAGGAGAUUGCCGUGGCGUCCUUGGAGCACGAGAAGCGCGCGUUGCGCAGCGAGGUGCGAGCCCUGCAGAACCUGGUCCAGGAGCUGCGGGGAAGCAUCCGCGUGUUCUGCCGAAUACGCCCGCCCAAGCAGCCUCUCGGAUCUGGAGGGGCGGAGGCUCAGGGAUCCCGCAGCAUCUCCCUCCGCAAGCCGGCCGGAGAUAAGAGGCACGAUUUUAGCUUCGACCGGGUCUUCUCCCAGAUAGCCAGCCAGCGAGACUUGUACGAGGAAGUGGAGCCCUUGAUUCCCGGCGUUCUUCAAGGCAUUCAUGUGUGCAUCCUUGCCUACGGCCAGACGGGUGCCGGAAAGACGUACACGCUGGCGGGUGACCGAUGUUCUGGGGAGCCUGGCAUUCAGGACUUGGCAAUAGCCGACUUGCUGAAGCUGGCCUUCAACGCAGAGGGUGCAAGGUAUGAUGUCAGGCUGUCAGCAUUGGAGAUCUACAACGAAUCGAUCCAGGAUCUUCUGUCCGAUCCCGAUUCCGGACGAGAUGUUGGUCUGCAAGGGCCGCAAGAGGCAUCUUGUGAGAGGCUCGAGGUGCGGCAGUCCAAAGACAAAGAGGAGGGAUCGGGAUCCUGGCCUUCGCCCUUCGGCUCCAUGCGAGUUCCGGGCUUGAAGUCCUGGGCAGUGCGCGAGUCAAGUGACGUCGAGCAGGCAUUGCAGCGGAUAGGGCGCCAGCGCCACGUGGCCAGCACUGCCUUGAAUGAGCGGUCCUCUCGUUCGCACUGUGUGCUCUCCUUGAGUGCCAGAUCCGCCGGCGCCGACGAGGAGGGCCGUCGUGGCCCUGGCGUGUUGCACAUCGUGGACCUGGCUGGCAGCGAGCGCACGAAGGUGUCGCAGGCUGAGGGCGUGCAGAUGAAGGAGGCCAACUGCAUCAACCGAUCGCUGUCGGCGCUCUCCGACGUUCUGUACGCCUUGGGCGACUCCAGCGGAAACGGGCACAUACCUUUCAGAAACUCCAAGCUUACGUACCUUCUGCAAGAUGCUUUGGGGGGUCCGGGAUGCAAGACCUUCCUCUUUGCGCAGGUUUCUCCAGACGCCGCGGACGCCAACGAGAGCUACUCCACGCUCACCUUCGCCUCGAGGGUGGCAGCCAACGUGCAGAAGGGCCGGCUCCGGCCCAUGAGCCGAGGAUCACCGGCAGCACGAGGCGACAGACCCGACACGUCCCCGCGGCUGCGGUCCCAGGAUUCGGAGCCGAGCUUGGCUUCUCCGGUGCUUCGUGCCCGUGGGGUGGCGCCACCCUUGCCGGGACUUGGCCGCAAGCCCUCGAGCUCCUCCUUCCAAGCUCACGAGACUCCAAGGAGGCGAGCCGAGCAGGCAUGA